AUGUCGAUACGGCCCUCUCAAGCGAAGCGCGUCAGGCCAGGGGAUCAAAGCGAGAAGGGCCAAAAGUCAGCGGUACACGCAACUGUCAUGCAAAGCAAGCGACGCUCGCCGACCGCUGCCCGAUUGCACCUCCUCGCCGACGCUGGUGGAAAAGUGUCUGUCGGUCUUUCCUGCGAAGCUCCAACCUUAUCUCAAACUCAUCAGGUUGCAGAACCCGAUUGUAUGCAGCCUGUACACAUACACACACGGUCCAACUUCGGACUUUCGUGCGCAACGCUGUGCGGCUCUCUCUCUCUGACUGACGAAAUUCGCAAACUAGGGCACUUGGCUCCUAUAUUGGCCGUGUGCGUGGGGAUUGGCCGUGUCCGCCGCUCCGGGGUCGCUGCCGAGCUUCAAGUAUCUGAUUCUAUUCGGUAUAGGUGCGCUGGCUGCGCGCAGCACGGGGUGUAUCGUGAACGACGCGUGGGACCAGAGGAUAGACAGGAUGGUGACGAGGACGAGGGGGCGUCCGUUGGCGGCGAGGGCGCUUUCGAAUUGGCAGGCGGCGAAGUUGUUUGCGUGUACGGGGAGCGCUAG